CUGUUUCACUUUUCUAUUUUUUAAUUUUCAAAUGCUAUGCUGUCCUUGUUUUGAAUGCUUUAGCGACCCUAUUGAUACUAAAUCUAAUCAAUCGAAGGAUUUAGAAAUGGAAUUUGAGCUACAUAAACAAACUUCUCGUUAUUUUGCUAAUCCAUUUAUUGAUGAUGUUUUGGCUGGUUCAAAAUUGGUAACUAAUGAAUGGAUUAUUUCAAGCAUAAAAUCAGUGGUGAAUCAACUUGUGUAUGUAAGGAUUGCAGAAGAUGAAUAUCGAGACGAUGGCCCUUAUGUUGGACCUAGCGGGAUAGCUUAUGCUUUGUUGCAGGCCUCGAAAACUAAUGUUGGCAUUAAGCUUGAAAAGGAGGCACUUGUAAUCUUGAGCAAACAACAGAAGCUUUUGCAUAAUAUGUCCGCGGCCCAUGAAUGCCGUUACCUCACUGGAACCCUUGGUUUUUACACAAUCCAAUUACUAGCAGGACAGAUUGAUUCAGAAUUGUUUUCAGCUAAGGUUAGAAGAAUGCUUGAACUUGUUUUACAAAAUGGAUAUCAAAAAAUUGGUGACGAUGAGAUUUUGAAUGGAAGAGCUGGAUUUUUGGCUUCAAUUUUAAUUAUAAAAAAAGAAAAAGGGUUUGAUGUUCUAUCUGACGAUGAAAUACGCUCUGUUUUAAAUUCCAUAAUUCAAUCUGGGCUUGCUUAUUCUAAAAAACACCACUCCCCUUCACCAUUAAUGUACCAAUGGCACGGAGAUGAAUAUUUGGGUGCCGCACAUGGAGUUUCUGGCAUUCUUCAAAUACUUUUAAGGUUUUUUUAA